UUAGCAUUAACAAUUUCAUCCCAGGAAUUCACCCUUUUUAUAGGGUUUGAAUGAAGAUCGUUUAGUGUAAUUAGUAGCACUACAUACAUAUCCUAUUAUUUUUCAGAUUGGAUCAGUAAUUUUGUUAUCAACAUGGACGCAGACAUUAUACGUCAUCACCAAAGACCUUUCCUGUCCCUCGUGUCAUAACAUGGUCGCCUUCAGCCGGUUAAUCUCGCAAUGACAACGACCUUUUUUCAGCUGAAUUAAAAGCGUGACUGGAGGAUUUCUUCGCCGAAGCCAUGCCUCGCUACGAACUGGCUCUGAUCCUGAAGGCGAUGCAGCGGCCGGAGACGUCGGCCGCUCUCCGGCGGACGGUGGAGAGUUUGAUGCAGCGGGGCGCGGUGGUGAGGGACCUGGAGAACCUGGGGGAAAGACUGUUGCCCUACACGAUAACCAAACACAACCAGAGGCACAGCCGAGGAGCAUACUUUCUGAUCGAUUUCUACUCGGCCACCAACAUCCUCUCAGGGUUACUGGAUCAUCUGCACCGUGAUGUGGACGUGGUGAGGCCCACUGUGCUGAAGAAGGACGACCCGGUUUCCAGCAGCAACUGCUGUGGGCCCCAACAGUGAUUUAAUGUUUCCACAGCUCGUAUCCAGACCAUGUACAGUGUGAUGCUUCCCUCUUUGACCUAAUAGCCAUGUCCAUACAUUUGGAAGUUAUGUCAUAAUAAACUACUUUUUUCUAA